AUGCUGCGGUCCAUGCUUCGCCCGCGCGGCCUUGUCCGCCUUUGCAGCACCACCACCGUGCCCAAGCCCAUCGUCGCUGCGCCCAAGCCCGCCCGUCUGCCCGGCGUCGUCGUCGGCGAAGUGCUCAAGGUCACGGGCCACCCGCAAGCCGAACGCCUGCAUGUGUGCCAAGUCACCGUCGGCCCCGAAGUGGACCCUGUCCAGAUCAUUUGCGGCGCGCCCAACGUACGCGAGGGGCUCAAGGUCCCGGUCGCGACGAUCGGGACGCGCCUCACGCUGCGCGUGCCCAACCCCGAGGACGCCACCGCGCUCAUCGACAAGGUGCUUAAGAUCAAAAAGUCCAAGCUCCGCGGCGAAGUCUCACAGGGCAUGAUCUGCUCUGAGGAAGAGCUGGGCCUCGCCGAGUCGAGCGACGGUAUCAUGGAGCUCGACCUCGACGCGACCGUGGGCACGGCGAUCGCCGACUACUUGACGGCGCGCAACCUGUAG